AUGAUCAUUUCCAAGCCCCACAGGCGCAUCAUCUACGAGUCUCUCUUCAAGGAGGGUGUUCUUGUCGCCAAGAAGGACUACAACGCCCCCAAGCAUGAAGAGCUCGAUGUGCCUAACCUUCACGUCAUCAAGGCGAUGCAGAGCCUGACAUCCAGGGGACUCGUGAAGACGCAGUUUUCUUGGCAAUGGUACUACUACGUCCUCACCCCUGAGGGCGUUGACUACCUUCGUGAAUGGCUGAACUUGCCCACCGAAAUUGUACCCGCGACUCACAAGAAGGCUGUUCGCCCGCCUCGUCCUGCCACUGUGCGCGGCUCUGGCGAGGGUGCGUACCGCCCGCCCCGUGGCGACCGGGACGACUACCGGAAGAAGGAGGAUGCACCUGGCGAAUACAGACCACGGUUUGCGGGUGUUGGGCGAGGGGCUCCAAGGGACUAG